UUUUGAUUGGAGCCAUUAGCUAUCGAGGAAAGGCAAGUUUGAUCUCAUCAAUCAAGAAAACAAUAUGGAGGACGAGGCAGUAGCUAUGAUUUCAAAUGAGAGAACCAAUAUUAGCCGUCACCAUCGCUGCCGACGACAACAAACAGAUGAAAAUUCGUCUUCCUACCUAGAAUACAAAGGGGUAAUGAAGAUGCCGAAUGGUUGCGGCUGGGCUGCACGAAUCUAUGCCAACCACAAAAGAAACUGGCUCGGUGUUUUUGAAACAAAUAAAGAAGCUGCAAUGGCCUAUGACAGUGCAUCACUCAAACUACGAAGGGAAUCACAUCGAAACUUUCCAUCGACUGAGCUCACUGUUCAUGAGUCUACCUUCCAAGAUCUUUACAGCACUGAAGCCAUUCUGAAUAUGAUCAAGGAUGGUUCCUAUCAGUCCAAGUUUAUGGACUUCUACUUGAACCUUACUAAAAACAAUGCAAGUACAAGCCAAAGACAGCCUAGUGAAGAAGCUGGUACCUGGCACCAUGAGCUCUUUCACAAAGAGUUGACCACUAAUGAUGUUGGGAAGUAUAAUAGGCUUGAAAUCCCAGAGGAAGAUGCAAUAAGAUACUUCUCUAUAGUUCCUGAAGUUAGUACAGAAAGAGCUGAAGAUGGUAAUAAGGUGAAGACUAUGAAUUUAGCUUUUCUUGAUAAGCAACUUAAGCUUUGGAACUCCCAGUAUUGUUACCAGAGAAGUAGCCAAAGUUUUGUUUUUGCAGAAGGAUGGAACAACUUUGUUGAAGAUAAAGGUUUGAAGGCUAAUGACAUCAUCAGCUUUUAUAGAGUUGACUACAAAAGAAGAUCUGGAGAGGUGGGGAAAUUUUAUAUGAUUGAUGCAAAUAAAAAGAAUGAGGAAAUAAAUAAUUAUAGAAUGAUGGACUCAUCACAUGUACAACUUGGAAUGGAAGAAGAGACCCUUGGAGGUUCAAUGGAAGAGCAAGGCAGGAGAGGAGAGGCAAUUAAGAAAGGUUUUAGACUAUUUGGAGUCAAUAUUGGCUAGUAAAGAAGGUGGAGAAGAUACUUUGUCUAAACUUCUUUCAGUUAAAGUCCUUUUCUUCCUUUUUGAGCCAUAUGUCAAAAGCUUAUGUUCUCAACUUAAAAAGAGAUUCUCAAACCCUAAUGCAUAUGCCAUCAGGACAUUGAUAUUCGGUUUAACAGUGUUUUGUUUCUCUGUAAAUGGAAGUGCAUUAUCAGAUUUUAGUAAUGGUGGAUCUUAACCUU